CAAAACAAACAGAAGGAAUUUCUAAAUUCCUCUAACGCAUGAAUCGCAACUAAAUUUCCUUCAAUUCCAUUGCCUCUUUCCCCAGAAGAGGGACAAGGCAAAGAAGAAUGAACUCCGAUACUCCAACCCUAUUCUAGUUUUCUGCUUCAACAUUCCGUUCUGAUUAUAGCAGGGUAGUUUCGACUCUCCGGUUUUUGAGUUUUCUUUGCCUGUGAUAGAUUGGCGAGUCAUGGAUUUUCAACAGGAUGCGGGGGAGGAUUCGUCAUUGGCGAUCUGCCUGCCCAAGAAAAACUCGAACCCUAAUCAUAGCCCCAAAUAUGCACCUUUCUAUAGCCUCAUGAAUGACACUGCUUCACCUCCGUCGUCCUGGUUCGAGAUUCGGCUCUUCUAUGUCCGAAUUGCUCCUUGCGUCGUCGACAGCGUUCCGGCUCAUCUCACCCUCCGCCACCUACGACGCGAGAUUGGGGUUUCCCUCGAGAUUAAUGGCUCCCGCAUCCCUGCUUCCGAAACGGCUUCUCUCACGCUUCGUCGUGAUCGUCUUGAUAAGGAGUCGUCGGAGGUGACGUAUGUUAGCACCGACAACGUUCGAGUCAUGGGCGCAGUUGAAUUCGAAGUCUACGAUAGAGAGGAUUUGAUUUUGUGUGGUUCUUUGGAACGAAUGGAAACUGCUUGGAACAACGGCAGCGUCGGGCUCGACCACCACCAGGGGUUGGAAAAUGAUCCCAAGACAGGGUGGAGUAUGGAUUGCUACACCGCGGCAUCUAUUGCCACGGGUUCCUCUGCAUUUUUUCAGCCAAAGCUUGGAAUUUCGUCGCCUUCUAUUGAGGUUUAUGUUGCCGGGUGUUGUUCUGGUGUUCCUUUGAUUUUAACGAAAACAAUUCACCUCAGCCCGAGGCGUAAGUCUCCGAGGCACGGGGCACUUGAUGCUAUUCCGGAGGACGAAGAAACUGGGAAGGAGCAGAAUGGCAUGAACAGUUUGGUUCGGCAUAGGAAAUUGCAGAUCAAAGACAUGGAACUCGAUGGAUAUGAUUCUGAAGGGAAAAUGCGGCACAACUUUUAUUCAGAAGAUACGUAUUCUGAUGAUGAUGGCCAGCUUUCGUGGUUCAAUGCUGGUGUAAGAGUAGGUGUGGGAAUUGGUCUGGGGAUGUGUCUUGGCAUCGGCAUUGGUGUGGGACUGCUUAUGCGUUCAUACCAAGCCACAACCAGAACUUUCAGGAGGAGGUUUUUGUAGACUUACUUUCUACAGUUGAAAACUUGUGUUUCUGGUUAAGGAAAAUGGCGAGAUUCACUAAAAUGUGGCUUGGGGGGAAGAAAAGCCCAUGGAUAGAGGUUGUACAGUUAUGGUUUAGCUGAUCGAGUUAUUUCUUCUCUCUUGGUAAAGUAGCUCUCUGAGGAGAUGUUGGUCCCCGAUCUCUGUCCUUGUAACUGAGGCCUAUAUGAUAUGAUAAAUGUGUUCGCUCAAUUGGCAUAGUGCGGAAUAUGCAUCAUAAAUUGGUUUUAUCAUAUCCUUGGACCAGCAAAGACUAUGGCGGCAAGCAAUUACUACCGAUCUCUCUCCAAGUAGCUAGAUUUUUUAUCAAUGAGGCCGCACUAGAUAUAAGAGGCUUUGUUUUAUUUUUAUUUUAUUUUUCCUGAGGAGAGUAGUAUGAGCUUGUGAGUGUGGGUGUGAGUCCAUUUCUCCAUAAUGUAUCUUUUGCCUGUAUUCUAGAAAUUGUAUUGCCAUUUGAAAUAUAGAAGAAAUGUGUUUUUCUUA